AAAGAUGUCAACACCGAAACGCUUUCCUUCUUCUAGUCUGUAUCAUAACUGCUUUGAGGUCGCUCAAGCCAAUGUCGAGAACCUCAGUCGCCGCCUCGGAUUAGACACGGAACAAGUGGCUCGUGCCGUGGCUAGUGACGUGCUUGCGCCGUCCCCGAGACCAAAGGGUUCCGUAGGGACACGACGCGCCAAGUCAACAUUCGAUCGCUGCUCCCUUGCCCACUGUCCAUGCUUUGAUUGCCCUGUAGCUUUCCUUGCGUAUUCAUUCGUUCAGCCGCUUUGCAAUCUACACCAUGUCUGCGCCAGCGAUUGCAGACCCUGUAAACCAAAGUGGGUCCCCGUCAAAGUCUAAAAAGAAGAAGAACAAGAAGAAGGGUGGCAGCCAAGGAGCGAAUAAGGCCGACGAGAUCGCGCAAACGAAUGGCAGCCACGACAGAACCGAGGGAGACGACGAUGAUGUAGACGAAGAUGAGCAGACAUCUGCUUCUGCGUCUGCGCUGGCAGCCGACCGAGACGCAGACGAUGUCGACGACGACGAGCAACCACUCUCCCCCACGAUAGCUCAGUCCAACGGUACACACCAACACAGCAUAGCCUCCGCAGUCGCUCUGGGCUUCUCGCGCUCGCGCUCGCCACACAUGUCCCCAUCUCCGCCGUCAGACUCCGAAACCACGGCUCGACUCGACGCGAUAGCGAAGGAACGAGAUGCGCUGCGGCAGGAGGUCACUGAGUUAAGAAAGAGUCUGGAGAGCAUACAAAGCAGACAUGAUGGUCAGGCUGCCGAAGGUGCUGAGUCGAGGCAUGAGGAGGAAGUCCAGGCCUUGAGAGAGGAACUCGAGGAAGCAAACGAGGGCAAGGAGCACUUCGAGACGCAGUACAACAACCUUCUGGGGCGAGUGAACACAAUCAAGACAAGCCUGGGCAAUCGCAUGAAGGCUGAUGCGGCCAAGAUGGAGGAGUACGAGACUCAGAUCGCAGACCUACAGGACCAGAACGGCGAACUGCAGGAAACGAACAGUAGCCUUAGCGAAGAGCUGGCGAAAUUGCGACAAGAAAACGAAUCACAGGCGACCGAGAUCAGCAAUCUACGGACCAGAUCAAAUCUUUCGCAGCAAAACUGGGUGAAAGAGCGCGAUGAGCUCAUAUCCCGUGAAGCAUACGCACGGGAGGAAUUUGACAAUGCAAAACAGGCUAUGCAGGAUUGGGAAGUGCUGGCCAUGAACGAGCGGUCGUUACGCGAAAGCUUGUCUGAGAAGGAAGCCGAGCUGAAAGACCAGCUUGACGGCCUCAGAGACGAGUACGAACGAGCUGCAAGAGACAGAGACCAAAACAACCAGGCUGUCGAAGGGCUUCAAAAGGCACUACAAGAAGUGCAGACUCUGCGAAGAACUGAACUUAAAAAGUCCGUGGAGACGUACGAAGCACAGAUCAACGAGCUCCGAAAACAGGUCCAGGUUGCACAAGAAGCAUCGAAAGCCGCCACAGCUUCGGUCGAAGCGACGCAGAAGGAGCUGGAAAGAGCCUUGCCGUUUGAGAAAGAAGUCAAGGAGAAGAAUCUGCUGAUUGGCAAACUGCGACACGAGGCGGUAACGUUGAACGAGCAUCUCACAAAAGCGCUGCGCAUUCUGAAAAAGGGACGACCAGAAGACAACGUCGACCGCCAGAUCAUUACAAAUUACUUCCUGCACUUUUUGGCAAUCGAUCGUUCCGACCCGAAGAAGUUUGAGGCCUUGCAGCUCAUCUCGAUGUUGCUGGGCUGGACAGAAGAACAAAAAGAGCAAGCCGGUCUCGCGCGGCCAGGCACACACUCCAGACUGGGCGUACCGGUGUCGCCUUUCCGCCGGACGCCCAGCACGCCGUCGCUCAGCUCCAUGUCGGAUCCCAUGCUUAUGGCCAGUAGCUCAAGUAACAAGGAGUCGCUGGCAGAGCUGUGGCAGGACUUCCUGGAGCGCGAGGCUACCACUGAGGGGAAGGAUGGAAAGGACGCCAGUAGAAGGGGCAGCACCGUCAGCCCACCGCCGAGAAGUAGCAGUGGUUUGGGCUUCCGUGAGAAGUAGAUACUCGAGAUACGGCGAUUUAAUACAAUCUCUCAGGGGUUUCAGCACCCGGUCCAAUUGCCCAGCUUCGUACUGGGCAUUCAGGCCAUCCAUGAUCGUUUCAAA